CUUAUUUCGAUUUUCUCAACCAGUCGUGCCCCCGAGGUCUACUGAAAGAUAAAUACCCUUUCGCUCGCUCUUACGUAUUCGGGUAUAUAAUAUAUGACAAUGCUAAAGGUGCUACUAAUUAGGAGCGUCUUGCUCUUCCUUCUUGAAAGCUAUUUGGUUUUACAGGUACUGGCCGUGACCUGUUACCAUCUCGACGGCACGAAAGCGGGACCAUCGAACGGACUGUGCAAUCCUAAUGCUACCGGAGUAGAAGGAUCCCAUAGCGCAUGCUGCAGCGUAGAGAACGGAGAUGCGUGUCUAUCAACCGGCCUGUGUCUGAACACCAUCGCUCACCAGCAGAGCCACUUGCUCUGGUCGACAGCAUGCACGGAUCCAACGUUCAAAGACCCGAGCUGUCCUCAAUACUGCCUCGGACUCAAGCUUGAUAACGCCCAUCUAAAAACUUGCAACGAUACCUUUUGGUGCUGUGAAGGAGACACAAACGCCUUAACAACGCAACAGUGUUGUGACAAUGCCUUUAAACUAACGCAGUCUAUCGGCACUGUUGUUGCACAGCUCCAGUUUGGUCAAGGAGCAAUACCCCUCGCCAUAGUCUCCUCGACCGUUUCGAGCUCACCUAGCAUUUCGGGCUCAUCAAACACCAAUUCCUCGACGGAGAACCCAUCAAAGAUUCCUUCCGGUGCGGUAGCAGGACUAGCGAUUGAAGGUGCCGUCAUUGCUUCUGCUCUUAUGGGGCUAGGGUUUAUGAUUUGGCGGAAUAGACUGUUAAGUCAGAAAGUGAAGGAGGCCGAAGCAGCUACCGCAGCGGCAACAAGCACACAACAACAACAACAGCAGCAGCAGCAGCAACAGCAACAGCAAUAUCAGUGGCAGCACCCUCCUUCAUCAUAUGCCGGUACAGCCCCUCAUAUGGCCAUGUAUGGCUAUGGUAGCGCCACUGAAACAGAGCCUCCCAAGAGGAGUGAACUGCACUCGGGCACUUACACAGAACUCCCGGGGACAGAUAUUGUUGGUACCGAGCUCUCAUCUGAGACAAGAAGCCCACGACCCCCAGAUAGCCCGUUACCUCUGUAACGUAACUAUGAGGGUCGUCCUCAAUACUUCUACCUGGGUGAGUAGGUAUGCAUUAAGUCGAGAUAGACAUCCCAAAUUCAACUGGAGUUAAUUUAUCGGAUUAAGCUCAUGACGAUUCCAUACGAAUAUAUGUUAUUCGAUGAAGAUACUUAAAAGAUCUAAUCUAUAUAUAACGAUAUGAGAUGGGUUAAAGGGGGGUGGGUCAUUGGUAAUGGAUAGGAGUAAAUUAAGGCAGGAAUAUUAAUUAGACGACACAGUUUUAGUAGAAAGUAUAUAUUCGAUGAGUUGUUCCAG